AUGUCUUUCCGCGGCGCACAGGGCGGACCUCGCCCUCAGAACCCGCCCGCACCCGGCCCAGCACCGCAGGACGCAUACCCGUACCGCCAACAGCCUCCUCAGCAACCGGGAGCAGGUCCCCUUCCUCCCUCGCAGCAACAGCAGCCGAGACCCGCUCCUCAACCACCGGCUGCCGUGCAGGUUCCUGCGGGUGGAUCGGCAAACAAGCCGCCGGCUUUGACGCUCGAGCAGAGCAAGCAGGUCGCCCGGACGCACUACACGGCUCUGAAAGGGUGGCUGCACGAGCAGGGCGCGCUCGCAGGCGGAAGCACUCGGUCGAAUGCCCGCGAAAAACUCACUCGCUUGACAAGGCAGCAGUUCCAGGAGCUAUCGACGGAUGUGUACGACGAGCUGAUGCGGAGGAUUGAGGACUCGAACGGCGGUCAACCGGGACAGCAACCAUUCCUCGCCGUCCGCCCCGACUUCCACCCGAAGCGCAACCAGGCGCGCCAGAAACUCGCAACACUUCCGCUCCUGCGGUUCAGGGAUCUCGCGAGCGACGUCUACUUCGAGCUGGACAGGCGGUACCCCGAGUUUGCGGACGAGGAUAACGCCAGCCUUCCCUACUCGACUCCUACCGGCGGCUAUUCCUCACCCAUCUCCCGCGCCGACUCGCUCACCUCGACGAGCGCCAAGCCCGGUCCAUCCUCGAUUUCCUCUCCUCCGCCUACUGCAGACCGCCGUGCGCCAACACCGACGUCCGCAGCCGCCUCUCCCGCCCUCUCUUCCGCUCACAUCCCGCCGCCCAUCACCGUUCCAGCAGGGAACGAUGUCGUCGUGCCGAACAAGUCGACCAUGGUCGUCGAAGACCCCUCUCCUUCGCCUACCGUCCAUCGCGGCCCUUCACAACCGUCCAGCGGCCCGACUUCACCUGCUGAUCCCGCCCACGCGCAUACGACUUCUGGAAACGUACCGCCCGCUUCCGCGUCGAGCACGACUGGGGGCUUCAACUACGGUUCAGGCGGUGGACCUGCUUCGGCCUCCUUGCGAUCGCCGCCUCUGAGCGGCCACGAAGACCGCGGGAUGCAGUCGCUGCAGAGCAGUGCGGGAGCUGGCUCGGCGCUGAACCGAGCAAGCGAGGCGAGCAGUGUGGGCACGAAUGGGAGGUUCUUCGGUGGGUACGCGGGGAGUCAGGCGGGCGCGAGCGAGGCAGGGAGGAGGUCGUGGGAAGGCGAGCCGCUCGACAAGAUCCGCUCGUCGUACGAGUACAAGCUCACGAUGCUGCAGAACCGCGUUUCGGAGCUCGAGCGCGAGAAUGACGAGUUGAAGGCCUCAAGGGACGAUGGGAACAGGUGGGAGGGCGAGAGGAGGCAGCUGGAACAGCGCCUCGACGAGCAGUCCUCGCGCCUCCGCUCCCUACAGCAAGAGAACGAAACCCUCCGUUCUUCCGCUUCUCGCUCGCCCACGUCCUCGUCCUCCGAUGCGCAACUCGGCACUCGCCUACACGAAGCCGAAGAACUCGCCUCCGAGCUACGCGGCGAAGUCUCCUCGCUCGUCGACGAGAUCCGACAGGUCAGCGAGCGAGCGGAUGAACUGCAGGCUGAGGUUGAGCGCGAGAAGGAGGGGCGAGAGAAGGCCGAGGACGAGGCGAAGACUUGGAAGGAGAGAUGGCAGGCUGUCAAGCUCGAGCUGCGGAACGUCAAGGCUACCUCCCAACUGUUCAGCUCGUCGAUCAGCGUCGACGCCGACUAUAUGCCCGCCUCGUCCGACGGCCUGAUCAACGACACCUCCGUUGCCGCCUUCCAGACCUCGAUCGACGACCUGUUGCAGGCUGCUCGAUCGAAGGAGCCGACAUCUAUUCUGCCAGCAGCUCGCGCCGUCGUCAAUGCCUGCGAGAAGAUCGACGUCGACGUCCAGGCCAUCCCUCACUCUCGCCUCGCCUCUCUUCCGCCUUCCGACCAAGACCUCGUCGAGUCGCUCAAAGCGAAGAUCAAUGCGACCCUGUCGAACCUCAUGACCGCCGUCAAGAACCACGCAACCUCGUUCGGCGUCUCGCCCGUUUCGCUCGUCGAUGCCGCAGCGAGCCACCUCGCCACCACGGUGGUCGAGCUCGUUCGGAUACUGAAGAUUCGACGCACGACCGGCGGGUCCUCAGCUCGCGGACGCGACAGUCUCGACCCCUCAGCGGCGUUUGGCGGCGGAUCCUUCCGCAACGGCGGACCGAGUUUCACGCGCGAGCCCAUGCCGCCUCUUCACGAAGACGCACCUGCGCAGGGCGAGGACGACACGAUCUCGAUUCCCGUUCCCGCAUCUUCGUCACCCGCUCCUCCGGCACCUCCCGCCAAGGAGCGAGCCGUUUCGCCGACCCCUUCGCAAGCGGAGAGGAAGGACAAGGGCUACUUGAGCGGCGGAAUGUCGAGUCUCCUCGGCGGCGGGAGCGUCAAGCAUGCCCUCGAGGCGAUCGGCAUCUCGGGCAACAAGCGCAACAGCGUCGACACGCUUGCGUCCGAGGCGAAGGGCAAGGAGCGAGAAUCAGGCACGACUGCGAUGAGCAUGGCGACGGACUCGACGCACUCGUUCGCAAGUCCGCAGCAGCAGUCGCACGAUCGGUACGCGCACGAGGACCGACAAGAGUACGCCUCGCCAAAUCCGUACGACCAGCGCCAGCCGUCGUUCGAGAGCAGCCGGUCGGCCGCCUCGCCCUCGCUAUCCCACCAACAGUACGAGCGAUCGCCGUCCUUCCAGGAUCAGCACCAGGGCAACCUGCCGUACGACGAGCGAGGUCCGUCCUUUGAGUACGGCUCGCCAUCUCAGGGUCGCCCGAGCUCGGAGUUCGGCUACACCGGUCAGCAGCAGCCUUAUCACUACCAAGAUCAGCAGUACGGCGGCGGCGACAACGCUUACGGCGGCGAGGAUCACGGCGCUGGGGGGUACGGGCCGUCAAGCCCUGGGAUGAGGGGUCACGAGCGGGAUCCGGAAGAAUUGCGGUCCUACAUCGAGAAUCAGACAGAAGCGAUCGUCCACUCAAUCCAGUCGCUCCUCUCCGCCAUCCGCUCCGGCGCACAGUCUUCCGAGCUCAACGAAAACCUUACCCAGAUCAUCACCAUCGUCUCUUCGAUCGUCGCCAUCUCGCAAGAAGCGCUUCCCGACCACGCUCGCGACGAGGGCGACGCGAUCCUCCAGGACUUGACGACGCACUGCGACAAGCUCAGCGAGAUGCAGAGCCAGGCAGCAGGUGCGGGUCCUGAUGCGUUCACUAAGCAGACGAAGCAGGCGAUGGCGGCGGCGAGCUUUGGUGUCGCAAAGAGCCUCAAGCAGCUCUCCCUCUUCCUCUUCCCGUCGGAGUCAGGCAUUUAG